AUGGGUAUUAUUCGAGACAGCAACAGGGAGUUUUAUGAUGCUGAACAAAUCGAGGAUGAUCUUAUCCGCUUCGAGGCUGAAGAUGAACUUCCUGAGCCGUCUCAGCUGAACAAAUCCCGUGGCUUGAAUAAGAGCCGCAGUAACAGAAAAGGUUCCUUGUACAAGUCAAUUGAUGACUUGUACAUUAAGAAGAAGAUGGGUGCCAACAAGGCACGCAGAUGUGAAAACUUGCGCAAUCUUUUGAAUUUGGUUCCCAAGGAAGAGUGGGACAAUCUGGAGCAACAUGAUCAAUUGGAAAACAAGGUUUCUGUAUUUGCAGAACUGCUCAUGGAGACUGAAAAAUGGGAGAUCUGGAAUGAAUAUAUUAACAGUUCUGAAGAGGAACAGAAGGAAUUGCUGGAAAAGUCCAACCAGAAUCAUAAAACCCAUGAAACUGAACAGUCCCCAUCUGAUUCAAGUGACAAGGACUUUGAUCCAGAUUCCUGGGAACUAAUUCCUGAUAUGAGAACCACUCAUCCAGCUUUUACUGCAGAGGAAUGCUACCAAAGAUUGGACAGAAGGCUAAGAUCAACACUGAAACGCCGUCACUUCCCACAGGGUUUGCUAAUGUCCAUCGAGGAAGAGUUGGUCACUUUCUUUCAAGAAUGGCCAACUGCCAUUUACAUAUCUCAACUUGCCAACUCUUUUGAACGAAUGCUGCUUCAUGCCAUUUGUCAGUAUCUGGAUUUGAAGUCAAAAAGUUUUGAUGAUGAAGGAACCCGUAGGACUGAAGUGGAGAAUAACAAGGAUUAUUUUAAUCCUCCAAACGUUCUGUUAAGCCAGUACAUCCAAAAAAACCGAUGA